GAGAAGGAUGGCAACGUCAUCACCGAUGAGACCGAUAUUAAAACGUUGUCUUGGUUCUUUGUUCUUUCAUCGUUUAACAUUGCCUAGAUCAACAAAAUCUCCGUAUAUAAUCAUGAGCAGUUUCGCACAUUUUGCAACAAAAGCUAUUCAUAUUGGCAACGAACCUGAUCAAUGGAAAUGUCAUGCGGUUGUUCCACCGAUAUUCCUCUCUACCACGUUUGAAGAACAAGAACCAGCAGUCACUUAUGGUUAUGAUUACUCAAGAGCAGGCAAUCCAACCAGAGAUUGUUUUGAAAAAUGUGUUGCAUCAUUGGAGGAUGCCAAGCAUGGUAUUGCAACAGCUUCAGGAUUGGCAGCAUUAACAACACUGACACAUUUGUUGAAUGCUGGUGAUCAUGUUGUUGUCUGUGAUGAUGUAUAUGGAGGAACCAACAGAUAUUUUUCCAAGGUUUCAUCCAGAUUUAACCUAGAGUUCAGUAUGGUUGACGUCACAGAUAUAGAUAAGCUACAACAAGCUAUAAAGUCUAACACAAAGAUGGUCUGGAUUGAAACUCCUACAAAUCCCUUGUUGAAAUUAAUUGAUAUCCAAGCUGUAGCUGAUGUUGCUCAUAAAACCAAGGGCAUGAUUGUUGUUGUUGAUAAUACGUUUAUAACACCAUACUUUCAGAAACCAUUAAAACUUGGCGCCGAUAUCGUUACGCAUUCUGUCACCAAGUAUAUUAAUGGUCAUGCAGAUGUUGUCAUGGGAUUUAUCGCCACCAAUGACGAUACAAUUCACGAAAGACUACGUUUUCUACAAAACGCUAUGGGGGCUGUCCCUGGGCCAUUUAGUUGCUACCUAGCAUUACGUGGUGUCAAAACGUUGCAUUUACGCAUGCGUGAACACCAGAAAAACGCUUUUGAAGUGGCCAAGUUUUUGAAUUCAUCACCUCAUGUGGAGAAGGUAAUUUAUCCAGGUUUGGAGUCACACCCCCAACAUGACCUUGCGAAAAAACAAAUGUCAGGUUUUGGUGGUAUGGUCACUUUCUUUAUUAGUGGUAACCUUGAAACUGCUAAGAGAUUCUUCAAAUUCACCAAACUUUUCACUCUUGCUGAAAGCUUGGGUGGCUAUGAAAGUUUAACAGAACAUCCAGCCUUGAUGACUCAUGCAUCAGUUCCCGCGGAUCAACGUGAAGUGCUUGGAAUAUCCGAUACUUUGAUUCGUCUUUCUGUUGGCCUUGAAAACAGUGAAGAUUUGAUCAAUGAUUUAGAUCAAGCUCUGAAAGCUGCAUGUGCUUAAAUGCUCCGAUGUAUAACAUGAAGAACCAUAUCUCCUUAUUAACUGGUAAUCCGGUGAAGAUAAUUUGGAAUUAAAUUUACAGGAUCAUUCAUGGUAGACUAUCGCAGUGUGAAGACAAGUUAUUUAUCCGCGCAUGAACUCGUAGUUUAAAAUACGUAUCGACUAUUGCCCUUGUUAAAUUGGAAUGUAUCUGAUUUUACUGGAAGGGUUUGAGAAAUCUGCAUGUUAGCAAGUUAAUUUUUGAAAUUAAUUUAUUUAUAGUAAAUUUUAUAUGACUUGAAAAAGUUUUUUUUUCAAAACGUGAAAUACACCAAAGUUGUUAGUGAGUUGUUAGCCUGGAAAAGGCUACGUUACUCCCUACGUUAACUA